AUGACGCGGAGCUGCUCCGCGCUGGGCUGCACCGCGCGCGACACCGGGCGGAGCCGGGAGCGCGGCAUCUCCUUCCACCAGUUCCCGGUGGACGCCGCGCAGCGCCGCGAGUGGAUCCGCGCCGUGAACCGCGUGGACCCGCGGAGCCGCCGUGCGUGGCGGCCCGGCCCCGGCGCCAUCCUCUGCUCCCGACACUUCGCCGAAGGGGACUUCGAGCGCUACGGGCUGCGGCGGAAACUGCGGCGGGGGGCCGUGCCCUCCCGCUUCCUCCCCUCGGUGCGGGCGGGUACCGGGCGCGCUCCCCGCUCCCCGCCGGGGGUUCGGCCGUGCGCCGUGACCUCCCCUUUCCUUCCCCGCCAGGAGCCGCCGGGCGUCGGCCGCAGGAGGAGCGGGACCCCCGGCCGGGCGCUGAAGCAGCCGCUGCCCAGCCCCCCCGCCGGGGACCACAACUACAGCCUGCAGGGACAGCGGGCGGCCGAGCCGCCGCCAGCCCCGGCCGCCCCGCCGCACCAGCCGGCCGCCAGGAGAGGCGGCCCCGCGCACCGGCGCAGGACCGUGCCGGGCAUCCUCAGGGAGCUGGCGGAGAAGCGGCAGCUUUCUGAGGAAAUCGUGAGUUUGCUGCAGGCGCAGUUUUCAGAUUUGCCUCGGGAGUUGCACAGCUGGAGACAGAUGGCAGACUACUCACCAGAAAUGAGGCAAUUUGCUUGUCUUCUCCAACUCUACCAUAUUAAGGCCUAUGAUUACCUACGGAAGAUUCUUCCCCUCCCUCAUCCUUACAGCCUGACAAACUGGCUGUCUAAUAACGAGGCUGCUGCAGGCUUCAGCAGUGACAUUUUUCUCCAGCUUCAGGAAAAGGUGGAGAGAGGGGAUCAGGCCUACCGCUACUGUGCCGUGCUGGUGCAGGACGUGUCCCUGCAGAAGCAGCAGGAGUGGGACCCACAGACCAAGCGGCUGACGGGCUUUGUUGACUUGGGGGCGGGCAUCCUUGAUGCUGAUGAAGCUCCGCUGGCAUCGGAAGCAAUAAUCCUCAUGGCAGUCGGCAUCUCAAGCUCUUGGACAGCUCCCCUUGGCUAUUUCUUGGUGAACAGCACAUCUGGCCACUUCCUUGCUCAGCUCUUUCGUCAGGCCAUCAAUAAACUGAACAACAUUGGAGUCGUGGUCCUGGCUGUGACAUCUGGUGCCUCUGCUCGCGGUGCUGAGACUGCCAGAGCUUUGGGGAUCAGGAUAGAUCCCAAAAGGAUUCAGUGCACUUUCCAGCAUCCACCCAGUUCUGCUCACAGCAUCGCAUAUUUCUUUGACAUUUGUCAUGCCCUCUUGCUGAUAAGGAAUGCUCUGCAGUGCUUCCAGAAGGUAGAGUGGCUUGGUGACACUGUGUGGUGGCAGCAUGUGGUGGAGCUGGCAGCUUUGCAGGAGCAGAGGGUGUUGGAGCUGUGCAGUCCCGAGUCAGGCAGGGCUGGAGGUAAAGGGAGUUUGCACCUGAAGGUCAACCUUGCUACCCCGCUGUUCAGUGAGGGUGUUGCUGAGGCACUAGAGCACCUCCAGAAGCUGGGCCUGGCCUCGUUUCAGAAUUGCAGCGGGACUGUCAAGUUUGUGCGUCUGAUGAGCUCUCUGUGCGAUGUAUUUCAUGGCAGAGGUCCCUAUGGAAAGGAGCCUUUGCUAGCUGGAAAUUACACCAAAAUAAGCAACCUCUUCGAUGAGGCCAAGAGCUGCUUUGUCAACUUAAGAGACUCUGGGGGGAGAUACAUUAUUAAGAGCAAACGCAAACUGGGAUUUUUGAGCUUCUUGCUCAAUGCUGAAAGCCUCAAGUGGCUUUCCUCCAACUACACAUGUCCAGAAGGCACUCCUUCCCACCACCUCCACACACACGCCUUCAGCCUGGAGCCUCUGGAGCAGUUUCUCAGGGCCCUCCAGCAAGCCUGUGGCAGCAGUGGCAGCCCCACCUGCACCAUGUUCCAAGCUGCUUACCACAAACUGCUGGCCAGCUGCAGCCUGGCACCUGGCUCACCACACAUCAGUGGCAAUGGCAACCCCCAGCAUGUAUCCCUGUCUCAGAGGAGAGCUCAGACUCUGGGCAGCGUUCGUGCUCAGUAUCACCCAGCUCCUAGGAGGACUCUGGCCCCGGAGUACCCCUACAGUGCAGGCCUGCUUUUGCCCAGCUGUGCCUUGAGCAACGCGCUGACAGAUCUGUCACUGUACACACAGAGCCUCACCUGCACUGCUGGCAGGGUGGCUGAGCAGUUGGCCUUGGACUUGCAAUGUGAGGCUUGUCUUGCCUCUCUGUUUGAGGCAGAUGAGAGCAGGCUAAGAUGCAAGUCAGUGCUCUACAUAAAAAAGUUGGGUGGCAUGAGCCUGCCCUCAGCCAGUGUGCACCACAUAACAAGCAUUUCAGAACAAGUCCUACACCAAUAUGGUGAAGUAGCAGGUGCCCACAAAAAGACCAAGCUGUGGUAUUUGCCUCUAGAACAGAAAAUCUUCCAGGAGCUUCUGGGAGAAAGCCCCCUCUUUCCUACCCUCACAGACCAUUUAUUUGAGGGGGAGCUGAGCAUCAACAACCACUACACAGUCUUAGUAAAGGAAAUAGCACGAUGUUACUUAAACAUAAGAACAAACCCUGCCAAAGACCUAAAUUUGAAAUACCCUUGCAGAAGGCAUAGAUUGAAGAGACUGAAGGGAAAGCAUUUGUUUCCAUCACCACUAGGCAGCUGUCAGUCAAGCUAA